AUGCCAAAAAAUGCAAGGGGCUUUCAUAGAAUUUUGGGAGCCUUAACGUGGUCAAGACUGCGUUCUGCGAUUAAUGCCACUUCGAAUACUAGACCAAGCAUGCGUUUCCUUUCGACUUCUGCUGUGUUUUCGACCGACCAUAUUCCAGAGCAUCUUUCGCCAAGCGGGCGAAUAUAUGGAAAGUUGAUUUCGCCGGAAGAAAAGUCAAAAUUGAUUCUCGAAAGUAAUAAGGCGUUCACGGAGAAAGACACCCUUUCUUCACAGAUUAGCCGCAUAAGGCUAAUUAAACAGUACCACCUAGUAGACGACCCAAAGGCUCUGGAAGUAAAUGUUGCAUUGUAUUUUUCACUGAGAUCGAUACCUUUUUCGGAAAAAAUUUCCCUUUCCGGAACGUACAUUCAUUUCCACAUGUGCAGAUCGCUUAUCUUGAAUCUUCCCAGAUCGCUUAUUCUACCGGUGUUCCUUUUUACAAUCAAUGUUUUACGUACCUUGGUAUCGACAGAUGGCAUCGUCCCUUCUGCUCAAGCCAUUUCGACAUUACUUUUGGCCCAAGGCGGUGCCCACAGCAACCAAGCGGGGCCUCUUUUGUCAAAGGAGAGAAUCAGUGAAAUGUUUGGCCUGAAAAAACGAGACAUUGAGCUGUUUACUGGCUUUUGUCAAAUUGUUUCCGAUACCUAUGUGGAAACGGGGAGCUUGCUCGAAUUUUAUUCCAUUUCGCUGCUGUUUCACAGGGUAUCGCUGUAUUAUGAGCCGAAAAAUUGCACCAUCAAUGGGCCCUCAAAUUGGCUUCAAUUUGCCUCUAGUUUUGCCUGCGGAAUUUCGCAUGAUAUUGGAUUUGACUCUUGCUCAUUUGUCAUUCCUACUUUGCUGGAUGCAAUUGGACUUAUUCAACAGGUGAUCCCACUUGGCUGUGUACCUGGCGAGAAGAGCCGCGAUGCUCUGAUCUCCAUCUAUGGCUUGACAACGGCAAACAUUAUUCUUUUGUACAAUUCUGCGCUGCGCCAAUUUAUUAAGCUUGACUCUUUUGUUCAAGGACGCACCCUUUUUGAGUUCCUAAAGGAGUGUAAGAGCCAAAAUCAUGCAUACGAUGCAAGGAAAAAAUUGACAUCAAUACCUUGCUCCCCUAACGUUGAGACGUUCAAGCUUAUUUUUUCGCUGUAUAUGCAUGAGGGCGUGGUCUCUGGGAACAUAAAAGAUGCAAUUCACGUGUUGUACACAGGGCUCGAGUUGCUUUCAUAUCCCCUGGAUUUGUGUGUACAUGCCACCAAGCUGCUGUUUUACACGCGGUCUUUGGAGGACAUUAAAGCCCUUUAUUUGAGGGUUAAAGCCGCAUCUCCCGAGGUAUGUAAACAUGUGUUGUUUGAGAACACAUUCUUAUCUUGUCUGUCCACAUCUAAAGGAAUCAGUAGCACAGAGAGGCAGUUGGUCCGAGAUAUCUCUGAAAUUGUGCUUUCAAGUUCUGGAAAAACCCAAGCCAUACAUUCGUCAAACACGUCAUUUCUGAUCGGCAUCUUAUACAGAUUCAAUAGGAGGGCAUUGGGCGAUUACAUUAACCAUUUGCCACUGUCCUUUCUCUCGGACUGCCCCAUGUUUUUUUCAUACCUGAUCAAGCUGAUGGUUAUCGAUGCAUCGCACAGGCCUUUUCUCCUUUCCCUGUUGAAUGAGAGAUUUAGAAUAUUUGACUCAUAUCCGGAGGGUUCUGCAUAUAUCGACUAUCGGUUGGGUGCAAUUUCGUCCCUUUUUUCAAGGAACCAUCCACAGAUUUCUGCUCUUCUCUAUUAUUGGGAAAUCUUUGACAACCGGCAAACAAAACCUUUUGAGGACACCCAUGUGACCGGGUUGUCUUUGGUCCUUAAAAAGCCCAAGACCAGUUUGGAAAGACCCAUGCUGAGGUCCAGUGCUCACUAUUAUUUGAUACGAACCCUAUAUCUUGAGGGAAAUUCUUCUGGAAUAUUGGCCUACUUUCUGUACUUUAUAAAACGAUCGAGGGAAGGUCGCCAAGUCUGCUACGACUGGAUUUCCAAUCGCACGCUCGACUUUGUCGUGUGGUCUCUUACUAAGGAGCAUGAGUGGAAUCACCUUUGUCGUCUGUUGAAUUAUUUUUCCAACUCUGGCGAUGGCGGUGGAUUUGGCGGCGAACCCAUUUCAGACCCAUUUGAAGCUUCAAAAACAAAUUCCGAUGCCAUUGGUAAUGAAAACUUUGCGCACAUGGAGUGUACAAAAAAGUUCAAAGCCCCUCUAUUCGUAGGGAGCAAAUAUUCGAUGCUGGUUCCACGGCUUUACCAGCAAUUCAAAGAUCAAAUACAGAAAUAUCCAGGAAACUCUUCACCAAUCCAUACACUUUAUCCGGGAAACGCCAUGUUUGGCGCCGAUAUCAUCCUAUCUAGUGAAGAGAAACGCACGUUAAAAGAGCUCUUGGAUCGUUAUUCUACCGUCAGGGAGCUUAGAAAGGAUGUUCUUGGAAAUGGCCUGCAUUUUCUUCAUCUGAACUGCAACAUUGGGGCAUAUUUGAGGUCAAUCCUAAGCAUUCCAGCAAUUUUUAUCGACUUUUGCGAGCAGAUGGAAAAGCAUCACAAAGAGCUGCAUUCUCAUUUGGCAUGA